CUUGUGUAGAUUUGUUUGUCAUUUAACAAUAACAGCUAAAUAUUGUUGAUUAUUAUUUGUUUGUAUAACUCCUAUUUGUUCAAUUUUAUUAUUAUUAUAAUUACAUUAAUUAGUUAAAUAUUUCAUGUUCAUGAUUUUCUCGUAAAUAAUUGAUAAAAAAACAUACAUUAUUGGUGUUGUCGUCUUUCACCAAUUGUAUAUGAUGAAAUUUUUUGUUUGAUUGCUUGUUUUUGUUCAAGUUGAUCUAAUUCUUCCAUCUAAAUUAGAAUAAAAAUGAAAAAUCUUCAAAGCAAAAUCAGAUUUUUAAUAUACAUGAUGUUUUGAAGCAAAUAGCUCCACGAAAAUCUCGUCCUGAUGGUAAUUCAUAAUCGUUGUUGGAUUUGAUUAAUCCAUGAAAUUUCAAUUCAAUAAACAUUAGUAAUUGAAGUAAGAUAAUUAAUUAUAUAAAAUUAAUAAUAAACAAUUGUGAUGAUUUUCUAGGUCAAAAAAAUUGAAAUUAAAGGUCGAACAUUAAUUCAUGUUCCAGGUUAUGAACAACCAAUUGAAUUUGGUGUUUUAAUUUAUUUUGCGUAUCCAGUUGAAAAUUCAAAUGAAAAAAUAAUUGUUGCAACAACACGUCUUGAAACAAUGCUUGGUGGUACUGCUAUUAUUGUUCAUCCUGAUGAUCAACGUUAUAAACAUUUACAAGAUAAAUAUGUUCAACAUCCAUUUGUUUCACGUCGUUUACCAAUAUUAACUGAUACAACGGUUGAUCCAACAUUUGGUUUUGGUGCUGUUAAAGUAACACCAGUACAUGAUCAAAAUGAUUUUGAAUAUGGACGACGCUUAUCAUUACAAUUUAUAACAUGUAUUAAUGAUGAUGGCUUAAUGUCAUCUGAAUGUGGUCUAUAUAGUGGUAACCCACGUUUUGAAGUUCGACAACAAUUAUUAAAUGAUUUAAAACAACGUGAUCUUUAUUAUGAUUCAAAAGAAAAUGAAAUGAUAUUACCAAUAUGUAGUCAUAGUAAAGAUAUAAUUGAACCUUCAAAUGAUAUUUCAGCUGGUAAUGAAACCAAUAAUGAUUAUUGGGUUAGUGCACAUUCAUAUGAUGAAGCACUUGAUAAACCUUCAAAAAGAUUUAAUAUAUCAAAAGAUAAAAUACAAUUAACACAAGAUGAAGAUAUACUUGAUACAUGGUUUUCAUCAAGUCUUGUUCCAUUUUCAUCAUUUGAUUGGCCAACAGAAACAGAUGAUUUUAAAAAUUUUUUUCCAACAACAUUACUUGAAACAGGUCAUGAUAUACUUUUAUUUUCGGCUGCACGUAUGGUAAUGAUAUCAUUAGAAUUAACUGAUCGUUUACCAUUUACACAAAUUUAUUUACAUCCAAUGGUUGAGGGUGCAAGUGAACGUAAAGUGUCACAAAGUUUAGGAAAUGUUAUUCAUUCACCUAAUCUUAUUCAUGAUAUAUCAUUAGAAAAACUUCAAAAACAAUUCAAAAUUUCAAAAGAAGAUUAUCCAUAUAAUAUUCCAGGAUGUGGAAUUGAUAUAUUACGUUUUGCUUGUUAUCAGUAUAUUAAUUUGGAUGAAUUUAGUCUUAACGAUGCUCGAACUUUUUGUUAUCAACUUUGGAAAAUAAUACGAUCUACAAUGUCAAAAAAUUUAGAUAUAAAUGAUCUAAAUUGUUUUCAACCACCAACAGAAUUUACACUUACUGGUAUGGAAAAACCAUGUGAUUUAUGGACAUUAAGUCGAUUAAGUUAUGCUAUUGAACAAUGUGAAAUUGGUUUUAAUAAAUAUAGAUUUAGGCAAAUAACAACAACUAUUUAUAAUUUUUGGAUUUAUGAUUUUUUGGAUUUUUAUAUGGAAUAUAUUAAAAAAGAUUUUUGUUCAUCAGAAGGGUGUGGGUGUGGGUGUGGGGCGUGGGUGUCGCUGUGGAUGUGGAUGCGGACGUGGGUGUGGGUGUGGGUGAGGUUGCUGGUUGUGAAUAUGGAUGUUUUGGAUGUGUGGGUGAAUGGAAAAUCAUCACCCACACCCACACCCACACCCAUACCCACACCCACACCCAUACCCACACCCACGCCCCACACCCACACCCACACCCUUCUGAUGAACAAAAAUCUUUUUUAAUAUAUUCCA